CACUAUUGCCGCCCGCCGUUUCCGCCGCCUCCGCCAUCUCGGUUUUAGGGGCGGAAACUUGCGGCGGAUCUAUUUGGCAAUGCUAUUAUUCUAUAGUACUAGCAGACUAUUAACAUCAUUCCGCCUUAUCAUAAUAACCGUGAGAACCCUCCCGUGGAACGUCUUCCUGUCAAGGCCACGAGCUGCUUCACGAAACCAGGGUCGGACAUACAGCCUUCCGAGAUCUGUCACAAAUCAUCUUAGGCGCCAACAAAAUGUUGAACCCUGUCAACACGCUUUACACGGGUCCUGCCCAAUGCCACCAUCCCUUCUUCGUACAGAAAUGAACGUUCCAAAAUGUUCAGGACCCGAUUCAAGGGAAGGAAACAAAACAAGACCAUCUUACUAGGACCCGUUGUUAUGUACGGCGUUCGCUACCUCUUCUAAACAAGUGCCUAUCGUUUCUCACAUUUUGGCCUCGGCACUGGUUUCACGAUCCAUCGUGCUG